GCACGGUCGUAGCCCCUGUAACGGUUCUCAUCGGCUGUCAACACGGAUUUAAACCAACAGCCUGCGCAGCUGCUUUUCACCUAAAUAAAAAAAAAAACAAAAAAACAAUGAGAGGCGGAACAAAAACAGGAACAACUUCCCGGAACAUAGAGCAGCGUUAGCGGACAUUUGGGACCGGAGAACAUCAGCGUUGGAGGGAGCCAUGCCGGUGGAGAGUGGGAGCAGCGCUGCUGCCCGCCAGGCCAAGCAGAAGAGGAAGUCUCACAGCCUGUCCAUCCGCAGGACCAACAGCACGGAGCAGGACCGGCCGGGCCUGCAGAGGGACCUGCUGGAGGGACAGUCUUCUGAUAAUCUGGACUCCUUCAUGAGAGUGGAGGAGACCAAACUGCCUCUGUCACUCAGGACCAAUCUGUUGGACCUGUUCGGUCAGAUCGAGAGGGAGUUUGAAAACCUCUACCUGGAAAACAUCGAAUUACGCAGAGAAAUCGAGUCCCUGAACGAUCGUUUGGCUGCAGACGGACAAACGGUGGAGGGAGCAGAUUUAGCUAAAGGAGCCCUUAAAACAAAAGCGAGUCACAGCACCAGUCAGCUGUCUCAGAAACUGAAGACGACCUACAAGGCGUCCACAAGCAAGAUCGUGUCCAGUUUCAAAGCAACCACAUCCAGGGCAGUUUGCCAGCUGGUCAAGGAGUAUGUUGGCCACAGGGACGGCAUCUGGGACCUCAGCGUCGCAAGGACCCAACCUGUGGUGCUCGGGACCGCAUCUGCAGACCACACUGCUAUGCUGUGGAGCAUUGAGACCGGAAAGUGCCUCCUCAAAUACCUGGGCCAUCAAGGAUCAGUCAACUCCAUCAAGUUCCACCCCACUGAACAGAUGGCUCUGACAGCCUCUGGAGAUCAGACGGCGCACAUCUGGAGAUACCUGGUGCAGCUUCCUACUCCCCAGCCUGUUGCUGACACUGUUCAGACGCCCUGCGAGGACGACCUGGACUUCUCAGAUAAAGACGACGCGGACGGCGAGGCGGAGGGGCCGAACGACUGCCCUUCGGUCCGCGUACCGACCACGACGCUCCGCAGCCAUCAGGGCGUGGUGAUCGCUGCUGAUUGGCUAGUGGGGGGCAAACAGGUGGUGACGGCUUCCUGGGACCGAGCCGCCAACUUGUACGACGUGGAGACCUCAGAGUUGGUCCACUCGCUGACCGGUCAUGAUCAGGAGCUGACCCACUGCUGCACGCACCCCAACCAGCGCCUGGUGGUCACGUCAUCCAGGGACACCACCUUCAGGCUGUGGGACUUCAGAGACCCGUCCAUCCACUCCGUCAACGUCUUCCAGGGACACACAGACACGGUGACGUCCGCCGUCUUCACUGUGGGAGAUAACGUGGUGUCAGGCAGCGACGAUCGGACCGUCAAAGUGUGGGACCUGAAGAACAUGAGGUCGCCCAUAGCAGCCAUCCGCACCGACUCUGCUGUCAACAGGAUCAGCGUGUCGGUGAACCAGAAGAUCAUCGCUCUUCCUCACGACAAUCGGCAGGUCCGACUGUUCGACAUGUCCGGAGUUCGUCUGGCUCGACUCCCGCGGAGCAACAGACAGGGUCACCGUCGCAUGGUUUGCUGCUCCGCCUGGUGUGAGGACAACACCGCCUGCAACCUGUUCACCUGCGGCUUCGACAGGCAGGCCAUCGGCUGGAACAUCAACAUCCCGGCUCUGUUGCAGGAGAAAUGACCUCCUCCUCUUCAUCUUCACGUUGUUAGCACACAGUGAAAGCUCAGCCACAGUGUUGGUGUCUCGUUGGUCUUCAAGAGCGACGGAAACAGUUUAGUUCAGAUGUUGGUUUCUCUUGGUGUGACUCGCUGAGGCUGACAGGACGGAGUCCGUCUUUUAAGCCUCGGGAGACUUUAAGUCCUCAGACGGGACUUUGCACAGGCUGAGGGGCUGAAGCAGCAUCCGUGUCGCUUUUCAUCACUGUUAGGAACAAAAACAAACCUCAGAACCACUCCGCCAUGAAAGCACAAACAUGUAGAGAUGCUCCUUCUGACUGGAAGUCAGCACAGGACACAUUAGUCUGAAGCUGAAAGCGUAGAUUCUCCGUGCUGCUUGUCUCUGCUUCCUGCUGCUUUAAGCUGCAAAACACCAAAUCUAAUGUUUGCCACUAACAGCAGAUUAAAUGAAACAUCUGAAUUUUUCUGCUUCAGUGUUGCACAUUUCAUUCGUUAUUACAUGUUAACUUUGAAUUUUUUUUUUUUGGGUGUGUAUAAAUUUCAUAGAGCAUUUUCCAGCCACAGCCAGAAGGAAGAUCGGAGCAGUAACAGAUUUUUAUUAUUUAGACACUUUUCUCCUCCUUGUGUUAUCUGAUCUUAUUCAUGAAACGUUGCACCUUGUUUGUUUUGUAAAAGAAAUCCCAAAAAACAACGUCUGUUAGAGAUUUUACCUUUGUUAAGGGAAACAAGCGUCUGUACUGUUAUACCUGUGGUGAUGGAUUUACUGUGGUUCAAUGUUUUCUGUUUCUGGACUCCGUUUAGUAGCUGAAGCAGUUCUAGAGUCAUGAUGUCCAAAAGUCUUAAUGUGCCUUGAAUUUCAGUCACAUUACAAAAUUAAAAUCCAA